AUGGGCCACGGUCCAGUCUACCCGCGGUGCAUGCACAAGGACCUCGGUGAAAAACAGUGGAUUGCGCCUGGCUCAGCUGCCCACAAGAAGCUGAAGGCGAUUGCUACAGCACCCCUGUUUUUGAAGAACGUCAGGCAGCUGUCGCCUCAUGUACAAACAUACGGCCUGGAGUCGUUUCACAGCGUUCUGAACAGAUUCGCACCGAAAUCAACAGUGUUUUCCUACGAAUGCAUGGCUGCACGCACUAUGAUUGCCAUAAUGCAUUUCAACGAAAACAGCGCUCGGCUGCAAGCUGAGACAAGGGAGGGGCACAAGCAGUGGCAUGUGAAAGCCCCAAAAGCACGAAAAGGUGCACUAACUGUGUGCUCCCAUAAGACACCCGUGACUUUUGGAUAUGUGGAAAAACUGCAUCAACAAGUUCUGGAGCGCUGCAAGACACACCCGACUUUCAAAGUGGCACUUGCCGAGAGACCACCGAAGGUUCCCCCAUCCUUUGUCAGUCCUGGACCAAGGCCAUCCAAGGAGGAGCUUGUGGCUGCACACAAGAAACGUUUUGCAAGGCCAUAAGUCGAGGCAGGCAACCAGAGGAGGAUGAAUUACCAAGUUCUGCGAUACUCGUGUACAGUUCACCCAAGUAUUCAGUACUAUCAUGGGAGCUUUGACCAACGGGAUGGUCAGCACCGUAUCGCAGGCAAAGUCGCGAUAUAAGCUAGAUUGGGCCUAUAUACAAAAAUGGCAAAGCCUCGCCGAUGCUGCCACAGCACUCCAUGACACUUCAAACUUCUGCAUAAGAGACAAGUGACAGCGGCGACAUGCGCAGAUAAGUUUCCGUGUUCUUUUUGUCAUUUUCAUGCAGAAGCAUUAACUUCUGAGUCGGUGCAUGGAACAUUGUAUACAUAUUUUUUAAUCUUGUAAAUGACUUUUUGCCUUAUUUUAGCUAAAUCCAUUAGGUCGUUCCUUCGUUGAGAUCAUGAAGGUGUAUAUUACAUAGGAAAUGUAUGGAAUACUGUGCACACCAGUUGCAAGAUGAUUUUCUCUGUAGGCUGUCCAGCAUUGUAGAAUGUAUAUAUGUUCUUUAUAAUGUCUUGUAAGAAUAUUAUCAAGCUGCUUGUUUAAGACACUGUUCUUGUAAAUGUGUGAGAAGGUGAAGAGAACGGUGCUCCCUCCCAAAGGUUUACUUACAAGUAUUUACAUAUGCGUCCAAUGACAUCAAAAGCUGCUGCAUUCUUAGCUCGGUCUCGAGCUUGGCCUCGCUCCUGCUCCACUUAUUUCUUUUCUAAAUGGCGGCUGCUACAAGUACUACUCCCCCUCCAGCAACAAAGCUGUCCGAGAGUGCAGUGGUAGAGGUGCCCAGGUGGUGAAACGUCAGAGAGUCAGGGGCCCUGUGUAACUUGUGAUUAGCAACAUUUUCCGUGGAAGCGGCUGGAACAGGGCAUGGAUGCAAGUGAGGCUAUUGCAAGACCAUGCUGUGUACUCUUAAAGCAAGAAAAAAGAAUAUUGGGGUGGGCUGGUUUAAGGCAACCAAUUGAUGUAGUGUCUUUUCUUCGUCUGUUGACGUCAAGUAGAAAGUAUUUGUUGUGGCGCUCAAUAACCCAGAAUGGACUGUCGUAAUGUUGGGCGCAGUGCUUGAGCUCAUCAGAUAUGUACAGUAACUGACGCAGCUGUUUUUGAGAAGUGGUUGCUCGAAGAGUUUGCAUGGCCGUCGUGAGCUGUGCAACAUAGCUGGCAGGGUUGGCAGAGAGACUUGGACCAGCAGGGCCGAUAAAUUCGCCUCGUAGGCAAAAAGGCACGCGUAAUGAAUUAUGCAGGACAGCAACCGAGGCCUUCUUUGUGAGCAAUGCGGGGGCCCAAAAGCACCAAUGGUGCAGUAGAAUCUUUCUACAAUGUCAGGAGCCACAAGGACGUAUGCUGUUGUAAAAAUAGGGGAGCAUCCAAGUAGUUUCAUGAGCUCCCGAAACAGAGCAGAUUCAAACUGUUGCGCUCGGUCCGUUGUCACUGAUAACAGCACACCAAAUCAGCGAAUCCAACCUGCAACAAACGUCUUUGCAAUUGUUUCUGCGGUGAUGAUGGGAAUCAGAAAUCUAGGCCAGUGGCUGAAACAGUCGAUGCAUGUAAAUAGCUGUGUUUCAAAUCGAGUGGUGGCAGGAGACCCACAAUGUCAGCUGUAUGUCAUGAAAGUGCACCGUUGAUGUUGGAAAAGGCUGGUAAGGCACUGAUGCAUGGCAGUUAAUUUCGGACUGCUGACAAGGCAGACAAGCCCAAGCCCAAUCUCUUACAUCUUUGUUGAUGCCUGGCCACACAAAACGUUAAGUGAGGCACCGGUGAGUUGUUCGCACUCUGAUGUGUGCCAUGGAGUGCAAGGAGUCAAAGGCUCCUUACACUCCAUGGCACACACAAAUCAAAGGCCAACAGCAAUAUCCGAGGCAUCUGCCCCGACGAUGACAGGAAGAUUACGGCUACGACAGAUAAAGAAAGUUGCAUCGGCGAGAUCUUUUUUGAAGCAUUUGAUCUGAUCGGACGGAUAUGUAAAUACUUGUAGAUAAAUUUAGGUUGUGUCAUUAGAGACCCGGAUGUGAUCAAAAGGGGCUGUCGUUCUUAGGUUGUCUCCAGCCCGACCUUGUGCGUGUUCUUCCUUUUCUAUGUGCCGGCUGCUACAUAUGUACAAUUGUAAAUGGUACUUCAAAGGUGUUGGAGAAACUCGUGAACUGAUUCUUUUACAUAUUAGGGCCACAUAUGUCACACAUUAAUAUAUGAAUUGCUCUCUAUCAUAUUUGCCCAUUGUUUAUAUAUUACUGGAAACACGGACUUCGGCAUCUAGCGAUACUAUGUUAUGUUUAAAAAGGGCAAUGCAAACAUCUUCAUUCUUGUCUAAUCACUGUGGAGCUUGUAACAAGGUCACUCUGCCACAAACAAACAGAUUGAACUGCGAGUUUUACAGCAGUACAACCCAUCUUUUCAUGUACCCUACCCCAAUGUAUAUGGGCUUAGCAUGCACAUAGCAAUAGUGAUAAACAUCAAUUUCGACAUGCAGCCCAGGUAUCGUAAUAGCUACCACCUGAGCAGUGUCCAG